CUCUUCGCUCAAACCCACAACAACAUUUCUGCACUGCUGUCUUCUUCAGCUGCACCACCGUCAUGCCAUCUCAACUCUACAGAAGUUCUCUUCCGGCCAACCUCCUCUGGCUACUGGUAUUGCUCUCUCCUUUUCUUGUUCUUGUAACAGCAACUUCACUAGGGUCCCAAGCGAGGGCUCUAUUACACUGGAAGUCCACCCUCCAAGGUGGGCAAUUGCUGGCAUCCUGGAACAUCGACUCUCGUCCUUGCAACUGGACUGGGGUUGCAUGCAGCGUCACACGUAAGGGCCGCUUGGUCAUCACCGACGUGCAUCUGCCAGAUAUGAGCUUAGCAGGGCCACUUGAUGUAUUUAAUUUUUCGGCGUUGGGAUCACUCGCCACUCUCAACCUCAGUUGCAACCGGCUCAAUGGAACUAUCCCCCCUGCCAUCGCCACCCUCUCGCAGCUGGUAACGCUUGAUCUCACUGGCAACCUGUUCGUGGGCAGAAUCCCGAUCGAGAUGGGCUCAAUGAAGGGGCUCCAAUUCUUAAGCCUGAGUCAAAAUCAAAUAAUGAGUUCAGUACCUCCAUCGUUGAGUAACCUUAGUGGCCUUACGCACUUGGACCUGCGACAAAAUAAGCUUAGGGGUGUCAUCCCCAGGGAGCUGGGGAGACUCGAGAAGUUAAGAUUUUUGGAACUUGGGGACAACCAACUAUCUGGCUCCAUUCCUCCCAGUUUAGGGAACCUGACAAGACUGUAUCACUUGGCUCUUUAUGAAAACCAGUUAACUGGAUCCAUCCCUCCACAAUUAGGAGAUUUAAGAGACUUGGUUUACUUUUCACUCUCUAAUAAUAGUUUAACUGGUACCCUUUUUUUCAUCUUAGGAAACCUAACCAAGUUACAGUAUUUAUUCUUGUGGAGAAAUCAUCUUUCGGGUUUCAUCCCUCUUGAAAUUGGAAAUCUAAUUGAGGUUUCAAAUCUUGAUCUCUCGAGUAAUAUGUUAACAGGUCAUAUCCCUUCCACCGUAGGAAAUAUGAGUAACUUGAACAUACUUUAUCUUUUUGAUAAUGAGUUAUCGGGCUCUAUUCCUCCUCAGAUUGGAAAUCUUCUAGAGAUUACCAAUCUCUCUCUCCAAAUGAACAUGUUAGGAGGUCACAUCCCUUUUUCAUUAUGUAACUUAACCAAACUACAGUCUUUGUUUCUAUGGAAAAAUCAACUUUCUGGAUCCAUCCCUCAUGAGAUUGGAAAUCUCCUAGAGAUUACUGAUCUGUCUCUCCAUAUGAACAUGUUAGGAGGUCACAUCCCUUUCUCAUUAUGUAACUUAACCAAACUGCAGUCUUUGUUUCUAUGGAAAAAUCAACUUUCUGGAUCCAUCCCUCAUAAGAUUGGAAAUCUAAUUGAGGUUUCAAAUCUUGAUCUCUCGAGUAAUAUGUUAACAGGUCAUAUCCCUUCCACCAUAGGAAAUAUGAGUAACUUGAACAUACUUUAUCUUUUUGAUAAUGAGUUAUCGGGCUCUAUUCCUCCUCAGAUUGGAAAUCUCCUAGAGAUUACCAAUCUCUCUCUCCAAAUGAACAUGUUAGGAGGUCACAUCCCUUUCUCAUUAUGUAACUUAACCAAGCUACGAUCUGUUUUUCUAUGGAAAAAUCAACUUUCUGGAUCCAUCCCUCCUGAAAUUGGAAAUCUAAUUGAGGUUUCCAAUCUUGUCCUCUCGAGUAAUAUGUUAACCGGUCUCAUCCCUUCCGCCAUAGGAAACAUGAGUAAUUUGAAUAUUCUUUAUCUUUUUGACAAUGAGUUAUCAGGUUCUAUUCCUGUUGAGAUUGGAAAUCUUCUAAAGAUUACUAAUCUCUCUCUCCAAAUGAACAUGUUAGGAGGUCCCAUCCCUUUUUCAUUAUGCAAUUUAACCAAACUACAGUCUUUGUUUCUAUGGAAAAAUCAACUUUCUGGUUCUAUCCCUCGUGGGAUUGGAAAUCUAAUUGAGGUUUUCGAUCUUGACCUCUCAAGCAAUAUGUUAACAGGUCCUAUCCCUUUCUCUUUGGGAAAUAUGAGCAAGUUGAAUAUCCUUCAUCUUUUUGACAAUGAGUUAUCAAGCUCUAUUCCUCCUCAGAUUGGAAAUCUAAUUGAUGUUUUCAAUCUUGACCUCUCGAGCAAUAUGUUAACAGGUUCUAUCCCUUUCUCUUUGGGAAAUAUGAGCAAGUUGAAUAUCCUUCAUCUUUAUGAGAAUAAAUUGUCAGGCCCUAUACCUCCAUCUCUUGGAAACUUAAGGAACCUUACCGACCUUCGUUUAUUCAUAAAUAGACUAUCUGGAUCAUUACCUCCGGAGAUGAACAACAUCAUAGGUUUGACAUCGCUUCAAUUGUCAAACAACAACUUCUCCGGUUAUUUGCCUGCGGACAUAUGCAAAGGAGGAGCCCUAUCAUACCUCACAGUGAGCAACAACAGAUUCGAAGGUCCUAUCCCCAUGACCUUAAAGAAUUGUACGGGAUUAAGCAGGCUCUACCUUCAUCAUAACCAACUCACAGGAGAUAUAUCUCACAAUUUAGGAGUCUAUCCGCAUCUUUGGUAUGUAGAUCUCAGCUUCAAUAGUUUGUCUGGUACACUCUCACCCGACUGGGGAAGUUGGCACAACCUGACAUGCCUAAAAAUCUCAAAUAACAACAUCACUGGAGUGAUACGGCCAGAGCUUGGGCACUUGUCGAACCUACAAAAACUGGACCUUUCCUCGAACUACCUGCAAGGAGAGAUCCCAAAGAGCUUGGGAAACCUGGCUCAUCUUUAUAACCUGAGCCUGAGCAACAAUCGACUUGUUGGAGAGGUACCAAUGGAGUUGGGAAGGAUGUCAAAUCUUCAACUUCUUGAUUUGUCGAGAAACGGAUUGACAGGAAGGAUACCGUAUCAAAUCGGCACUUGCAUGAAACUCCAACUUCUGAAGCUGAACAACAACAAUCUCAGUGGAAGCAUCCCUUUGGAGAUCGGCAAUCUGGUGCACCUUCAAGAAGCGCUUGACCUCGGCCACAACUCACUGACAGGGGAGAUACCGUCGCAACUCGGCAAGUUGUCGAUGUUGCAGUAUUUGAAUCUGUCGCAGAAUGCCUUCACCGGUGGCCUUCCAUCAUCUUUGAAGGACAUGGUUAGCUUGUCCGUCAUAGAUGUAUCACACAACGAAUUGGAGGGGCCUGUGCCUGAUAGCCCGUUUUUCCGUAAAGCUCCACUGGAUUGGUUCCUCCACAACAAAGGCUUGUGCGGGGUCGUCAAAGGCUUGCCUCCAUGUGUUUCAUCCGCUACGAGAAGAAAUGAUGAAAGCAAGCACCACAAAGUAGUCGUUAUCUUAGCUAUCACUGCUUCCAUGGUCUUCAUUCUUCUAUCACUCAUGAUCGUUGGAGCUGCCUUGCAAUUCCGAAAGAGGAAGAAACAGUCGCUACCUGUUCAAGAUAACGGCAACAGAGAAGGUGCAUUCUGCAUACUGAGUUUUGACGGAAGAUACGCGUACAAGGACAUCAUUGAAGCCACAGAAGAUUUCAAGGACAAAUACUGUAUCGGAACUGGUGCCUGUGGCAGUGUUUAUAGAGCCGAAUUAACUAGCGGCAAGGUGCUAGCAGUGAAGAAAAUUCACCUACAGGAGAUCGAGGAUACAUCGAAUGAGAUACCCUUUCAAAACGAAAUACAAACACUCACUCGAAUUCGGCAUCGGAACAUCGUCAAGCUCUACGGAUUCUGCUCCUCUACUCGGCACAAGUUUCUGGUGUACGAGUAUAUGGAGAGAGGAAGUCUGGGAUCCAUCCUCAGAAGCGAAGCUGCAGCAGCUGAACUGGACUGGGUGAAGAGGGUGGAUGUUGUCAAGGAUGUGGCUCGUGCUCUCUCCUACAUGCAUCAUGAUUGCGACCAACCCAUCGUUCAUCGGGAUAUAACCAGCAACAAUAUUCUGCUCGAUUCAGAAUUCAAGGCUUGUGUUUCUGACUUCGGCAUCGCUCGACUCCUGCAGCCGGAUUCAUCGAAUUGGAGCAUGAUUGCUGGCACGCAUGGUUACUUAGCACCUGAGCUUGCUUACAGAAUGAGAGUGACCACCCAAUGCGAUGUGUACAGUUUCGGAGUGGUCACGCUUGAGUUGCUGAUAGGAACUUAUCCGGGAGAGUUCAUCUCUGUUCUUCCUUCUUCCGCCGCCCAAAGCAGUUCUGUGAAAACUAUAUUAGACCAGCGCGUACCGCUUCCUACUGCCGAAGCUGCGGAUGAAGUGGUUGCAGUGUUAAGGUUGGCAAUUCGCUGCGUGGACGACAACCCAGAAACCCGGCCAACGAUGAAGCACAUCUUCUACAAGUUGACGACACCGAAGACGCACCCAAACCUCCCAUCUCUUGAUUCCUUGAAGCUUUCAGACUUGAGGAAUGGUGAAAGAUGAUCGAUCCAGUGGACCUCUCUUCCAUCGGUUGCGUCUCAUACUGACUGACGUCUUAAACGUUUGAUCUUUCUCGUCAUGGUUAUGUAGUCGAGCAUCAUUUUGCUUCACUGUUUUAUCCAUUACAUUUGAUGUUGUAAUAGAUUUAGCUUUGUCGAUGUAAAAACCCCGACCCAGGAAAAUUGGAGAUGCUACAACCUUGCAAUCC